AUGCAAGACGUCAUCACUGGCAGGUAUCGUCUCUCCAAGACGGAAAACUUUGACGCCUUCCUCGCCGAGAUUGGCCUCGGAUAUAUCAAGCGCAAGCUCGCCCAGUCGACCUCGCCCGAGAUCAACAUCACCCGCGCCGGCGAGCGCUGGACCAUGGUCACCUCCUCCGCGCUCAGCACCUCCGAGGUGACCUUUGCGCUCGACGAGGAGUUCCCCGAGGAUCGCCAGGACGGCGUAUCGGUGACGAGCUGCGUCAGCGCCGACGGCAACGUCUGGACGCAGACGCAGAAGCCCGGCAACGGCAAGGACGUGACCAUUGUGAGGGAGUUUGGCGAGACGGAGCUCCGGGUCAUGUCCACGGUGAAUGGCGUGACGGCGAACCGCGUUCCCAGCAGUCCUCGGCAUCCCCAACUCUCCUCCCAGAACCCCAUGAAGACCGAGCCUGGCGACACCCCGAUGGUCACUUUCUCCGAGCAGUGCCCCGUCACCAAGAACCACCACGCCUUUACGUUCACUCGCUACAGGUUGUUCUCCGCGCGGCGUCUGGAGAGCUUCGCGGCGAGCAUUUGGUACUCGACGACAGCGGAGCCCGGGUUGCCCUCAUGGAGGUCAUAUUCAAGGUGA